AUGGCCCCUGAACAUUCAAGCUCGGGCUCAGGCCCAGGCCAGAAUGCCGCCACAGACACAGACACAGACACAUCUCUCCCAGUCCUCAUCGUAGGAGCUGGCCCCGUCGGCAUGCUCCUCGCCUACACGCUCUCUCGCCUAAACAUCCCCAGCAUGCUAAUCGAGCAAAGCCCCGCCCACUCAACAACGCAGUACCCAAAGAUGGACCUGACAAAUUCCCGAAGCAUGGAGCUUUUGCGGAUCCUAGGGCUUGCGGACCGGUAUCGAGCGCUGGAUGGCGCUGUCUCGGCGGGGGAGAAGUUCGAUAGUAUAUUCGUUACAUCCUUGGCACCUGCUGGGAAGAUGGUUGGGUCGUGGCGGGUGGGCAGUGUGGAGGACCAGAGGGGGGAUAUUGGAAGGGUCAAUGAUGGGAGUCAGCCUGUUGAGCCAGGGCAGAGGUGUUCGCAGAUUGUUUUUGAGAGGUGGAUGAGGAAGGUUAUAUUGCAGAGUGAUAUGGUGAGGUUUCAGGGUGGAUGGAAGUUUGUUGGGCUUGUUGAGGAGGGAGAUAGAGUGAAGGCAAGAUUUGUAGAUCUCCAGGGACGAGAGCAUGUUGUGACUGCAAGGCAUCUUGUUGGUUGUGAUGGGGGUCGGAGUGCAGUGAGGAAGGAAGCUAAGAUUCGCAUGGUUGGCGGACAGGUACCCGUCCGUCUCUAUCUUAUCCACUUCCGCUCCAAACAACUCGCCGCAGCCCUCCAUUUCGGGCGUUUCUGGCACGCCUUUCUCGCCACUGGAGGGUUCGUGAUAGACCAAGACGGGAAGGAUACAUUCACAGCGCACUAUCCCCUCUCGGAGGGAGAAAGCAGCAACACACUCGACCCUCGAGAAGUCAUCCACCGUGUGUUGGGCGGGUACAACGGAUCCUGGCGCAUAACCAUCGACGAAGUCUUAGUGCACAGCGAGUGGCAGCCAAACUUCAGCAUUGCAGAGAAAUACUGCACGGAUGGUGGACGAGUCUUUCUCGCCGGCGAUGCGGCGCACAGAAGUCCGCCUCAUGGCGGAUAUGGGCUUAAUAGUGGGAUUGUGGACGCGACUGAUCUGGGCUGGAGGUUAGCGGCUGUGACGAAGGGGUAUGGAGGGGAGUUGCUCUUGAAGGCAUAUGGGAUUGAGAGGCGGCCGAUGAUGAUGCGAGCGCUGCGCCGGUCUCAUCGGCAUCUCAUGGAGCAUGUUGGGCUUGCCGAGCUCUAUCGGAAGGAUUGGGCUAUGUUGGACAGUGGGUCGGAAGAGGGGAAGGAGGUGAGGCGCUCGCUCAAGAACUAUCUGGAUGCUUCUGGGCCAGAGACACUGGAUCGUGGGAUCGAACUUGACCUGCGCUAUGAGCAUUCGCCGUGUAUUUGGCCUGAUUGGUCGCCGAGUCGGGAUUGGGAUGUGAAGAGGUAUUGCCCGAGUACGCGGCCGGGGAGUCGGGCGCCGCAUGUGUUCAUGAGGGACGGGGUUACGAGCAUUUAUGAUCUGUUUGGGCCGGAGUGGACACUGGUGCAGUUUGUUGCUGAUUAUGAAGAGGCUGGGAAGGCGAGGACUCUGUUGGAUGUAGCAGAAAGGUUGGAAUUCCCCGUCAAGUACGUUGUGCUUAGGAAUGAGGAACAUGCGAGAAAGAUCUGGGAGCGAAAUCUGGUACUGGUGAGACCAGAUACACACGUUGCAUGGCGAGGAAGCGAAUCCCCUGAGCUGUCGGAAGCUGAACAAGUUCUCGCUGUUGUGUCAGGGAGAAUGAUGCGUCCUGGAUACACUGAACCUUCAACAGAUGAAGAACAGUUCGUGGAGGUUGUUGCAGCACUUGCAGUAAGCGAACAGACUGAUCAGCCGGCAAUUCUGAGGGAAGAAGACCCGCUCAGAUCAAGACAAUCAAAGCUUUGA